AAUUUAAUUAAUGUUAUUUUAACAGCGAUUACACACACAACACCUGAGCUGUAAAGUACUGUACAGGAUCCUGACUGUCUGUCCGGAGUAUCUGGAUUCAAGGCCGUUCAUACAUCCAGGAAGAGCAAGGGUUAUAUCUAUUAUAUUAUAUAUCCAGGAAAUUCUUGCAACUUCUGAGAACAGGUACACUAUAAAACCUGUCAAUGCGCAGCAACUAUAGAUUGCAUCCUCUGACACCAACAUGCAGCUGCUGCAGAAGGCUCUCAGAGCUCCAAGCAGAAAUUAUGUUGGAGCUGGAGAAGUUGCUGUCUAUUACUUAAUGAGGUUCUAUUUUCUCUCUAUCUCCCACUCUCGAUUGCUCUUUGUGGUCAGCAAAGACCAUAGGCAAUCCCCACAGCAACCGUUCUGACAGACUCAUUUGCCUCCCAUCACUCUCCAUCACGGAAACCAUGCAGAAAACAUCCCACACCGAUACUCCAAACCACACUGAGAAUAUCAUAUGACCGCUGGUGCAGACUUUGGACAACUACUGCCAGAAACCUGGCAAACCAGAGGCUCUACCAAAACAGACCGUGGUCCCCUCAACCUAUAAAAGGAUUUGCCAAGACAUACGUCAGCUCAGCAUGCGUCAGAAUCACCAUGAAUAUCAAGCUGAUAAAUCACAAGGAUGGAAUCAAGUGCUCAGCAUU